AUGAAGAAAUCAACGAAAACUUCAGUUAUUGAUGAUUUAGUUAAUACUAUCAAUACUACUUAUUCUGAUUACGUCAAAUCAUUGACUCCAAGAACAAAGUUAAUUGACACGUUUUUAUUAUAUUUAUUGGCUUUAGGAAUAUUACAAUUUAUUUACGUAUUAUUAGUUGGAAAUUUCCCUUUCAAUGCUUUCUUAGGUGGUUUUAUAAGUUGUGUUGGACAAUUCGUAUUGGUGGUUAAUUUAAGAUUACAAUAUAAUGCUGAAAAUUUCAAAAUUUUCAAUUCAACUCCAGAAAGAGCUUUAGGUGACUUUAUUUUUGCAAGUUUAAUCUUACAUUUCAUAGUUUAUCAUUUCAUCAAUUAG